AUGGCAGACGGUUCUGGUCAGGUGGGCCGGACUGUGAUAGGAGCAGCCCGCCGUGGACCGGACCGGACCCGGACCGCUGCGCUCAGGCUAGCUGGCGAACUGUGUGCUAGCCAACUGAACGCCUACAAUGUUUACGCUCCGGGCUGGGCGAGCUCCGCAUGAUGGUCGCAGAGUCCGGGGAUCGUGCCAUGACAUUGCAGCGUCGCGUCGUUGAUGUUUGCGAGCCUUGAGUUAUGCUCUCGCGAAAGAAAAGCAAGAACGAACCGUCGAAACCAGCCGAGGUCCACGGGAAAUAUGUGAAGAAGGAAACGUCGCCGCUGCUGACAAAUCUUAUGCCCUCAUUCAUCCGUCAUGGACCGACUAUCCCCAGACGCACAGAGGUCACUCUGCCAGAGAUGGGACCGUCCGCGUAUCCAGUGGCCCCCAACCGGGACCCUGUGGUGUCCCGCAACAAGAGUUUCCUCCGUACCGCCGUGCAGAGGCCUCCACACGAGGUGGAGCGCAGAGAGAGCCACCGCAUGUCGGCGCCUCCGUACCUGCCUCGCAGUCUGGGAGACCUGCCCCACGAGUACGGUGGCUCUUCACAGUCCUUCCUCACCGACGUCAGCCCCAUGUCUGAGAAUGGCGACGCUGCCCGCUUCUAUUACCCCUCAGAGCCAUACUACGAAAGCCAGCAGCGGCAGCAUAGGAGGGUCCCGGAGCGCUUUCCCGAGGAUUACCGAUACUAUGAGCACAGUGAGCACAACUUCCAGCGAUUUCCCCGGCAACACACUCCCCCUGCUCCGAGCAGAUCCCCUUCAGGCAUAGGUCGAAUACAGGCCAAGUCCCUUGGGAACCUGUCCAGCCUAACAGCUGAGGACCUCCCUCUCCCAGCAGGCUGGACAGUUGACUGGACCAUCCGUGGCAGGAAGUACUACAUCGAUCACCACACCAACACUACACACUGGAGCCACCCUUUGGAGAGGGAAGGGCUCCCUCCAGGCUGGGAGAAGGUUGAGUCAGCAGAGUUUGGGGUCUACUACGUGGAUCACAUCAACAAGAGGGCACAGUAUCAUCAUCCCUGCGCCCCGAGUGUUCCACGUUAUGAUCAGCCUCCACCAUUACCGCCUCCUGUGACCUAUCAGCCACGUCCCACAGAGAGGAACCAACCAGUGCUGGUACCAGCAAACCCGUACCACACGGCUGAGAUCCCAGAUUGGCUUCAGGUGUAUGCCCGUGCACCCUUAAAGUAUGACCACAUCUUGAAGUGGGAGUUGUUUCAGCUGGCAGACUUGGACACGUAUCAGGGGAUGCUCAAGCUGCUUUUCAUGAAGGAGCUGGAACACAUUGUCAAGUCCUACGAGGCGUACCGGCAGGCUCUACUGUCCGAGGUGGAGGCUCGCAAACAGCGGCAGCAGUGGUACGCCCAGCAGCCCAACAAGAACUUCAUGGGGAACAUGUGAUGUGUAUGUGCACGGCCACACCUCUCUGAAGUCACCGCAGCUUGAGAGCGGUCUGGGUUUCCUUUGAAAUCACGAUUGACUCUUAAUUGCCUUUCUACCAAACACAUCUGUGCCUUUGCUGGAUCCAAAUAUAUCGGCCAGGAAGUCGAAACACGCGGAGGGUCAUGACUCAGACGUUGAGUGACCUUGUGACUGAAAAACACUCCAAUGAAGAAAGAGAACGUGUAAUGUGCUACAUCUGGAGAGACCGCCUGUGGUGCCAUGCACAGCCACUGCCCAAAGAACUGAGUUGCUGUAUGGAUUUUUGUUUUUAAGACCUAGUAGGACAGAGUCUGCGACUGUCCCUUUCACCACUCAUGUAUUUUGUAUAGACCAGCUUCUCUGUCGUUUUAUCCUGUGGGACUAAAGGACAAACAGCAGCUUCUAAUUUGUUUGCAUAUGAAACACUAUCUCUCUUUUGCUUUGUUACCCACAUAAACUGAAACCACACUAUUUUAUAUUAAACAACAAAAGUGUGCAUUGUUCUUUUUUAUGACGUACUGUAUACCAAACAGAUAUUUAAGUUUUGAUAUGAAACGUGUCUUUAUUUAAAGGGCCUUUGAUGGAUGAAGCAUCACAUUUGGUGCGGUGGUUUGAGCAUCUCUCGGCUCUUGGCAUUAGCGUAAGCCAGAAAUAUUCUUGUUUGUUUGGUGCGUGUGUGUGUAUAAUAAAACAUAAAUAAGCUACUGGAACUUUUUAAAACACUUACAUUAAGUUUGCCCAACAAGUGCAAUUCAGCACGUCUUUGUUAUGUCCUUUCUCGUUGGUAAUGCUUUGUUUUUAUGGACUGACACUUCUCAGACGCACAUCUUCAUGGGAGGACAGGUUCCUAAAACCAUCCUGCGAUUACCAAUAAAUGAGCCUUUUUAAGAUACUCAGAAAUGCUCUGAAGAAAGACAAAUCAUACAUGACUCUAAAGAAAAAAGUAACACGUUAACUAAAUACACAUCUAUGCAUUUCUGUGUUUCUUAUGAAGGCGUAUAAACAAUAAGAGUUUUUUUGUUUGUUUGUUUGUUUUAAAGGGUGUUGGCCUUCAGCCACUUCUUCACUAUGCAAAAAGAUCCCACAUCUGUCACAGUACAGACACAAGCAGUAAAGUCAGCAGUGAAGACAAAUACACUUGUGACCUUGCAGCCGUUGCCUCUUGACGCCUCUUUACCUUCUACGGAGCCUCAAAGCAUUAUUAAAGCAGCUAUAACUGUGUAACAUUAAAGUGGUCACUUGUAGAA